AAGAAAUCAGCAAAAAUCGCGACGAAAAUAUAACGACGAAGACAGCCAGUACUACGUCAAAGGCUUUCCUUUUUCAAUCAAAAACGACCCUCCACCUUACAGUCGGUGAAGAGAAAUGUCGGGUAGUGAGCAAGAAAACAAAACAGAGGCCAAAAUGGUUUCCAUUCCGCUGUCAUCUGACGAAGAGACGCCAGGAGGUUAGUGCAUGUAGUAGGCAAGACUCGUAAGCUCUUAUAUUAAGCACUUAAUGCUAGUUGAAAACGGAAUACCGUAUCUUAUGAAUGGGAUUCAACCCAUUUCCUCCUCCCACAGUGGUGGGAAAUCUUUUUUUAUUUAUGGUAUAUAGAUUCAAACCACUUUAGUGUCAAAGAUGGCCAGAGUCAAAUUCAAUAUGUCGGUAUAAUUUCCACACAGCCCAAUAAACUCUCCAGUCUCAUGCUAUUUCAAAGAGCAAAACUAAUUGAACAAUACUUGGUGGUUGUAUUUUAGGUACAAGUGGUCAUCAUUCGAGCCUUCAGAGUUAUAGUCAUGCAGGAAGAGAUAUUAGUGUGCUCCAAAGUAAGAUAUAAUUGUCUAUUAUAGAUACAUUGUACACUGUUGUAUCAGGCCUUGGGAAUACUGUUUAAGUACCCCUCUUCUCUUCAGGGUAAAGGUAUUGGCUACUAGACCAUCAAAGGGUUUCAUUCAGCAUAUGCUGCCAAAUUAUUUUUAGAGUGGAAUAUCUGCCCAGCUGGUUUUUGAUGGUGUUCAAUGUCACGCCAUCAAAAACUAAAAUCAAAACUAUUGGAUGCCUGAAGCUACUGUUUUGACAUGUUUAUAGAAUAUUAAUAAAAUAAUAUACGACCUUGCCAAGUCUCAGGCAGGGUCUCAGGUCUGUGUGAUUCUCCUCUGCUUAGUUAUUCCUCAAAAUGUGUGCAGAACUUUAUAGGGCUUAGGAUGGGUACACCUGAUUAUUUUUGUGCCCUUCAUUCUCGGAGGGGCACAAAUAUUGCGGCCGAAAGUUAGGCAAGUGACUGAUGUUUACUGUAGUUUUGCCACAAAUUUGAGCAGUUUUCCCCACCUAAACACUUUUUUUAAAACUUUCACUGUUCAGAAAUGUCAUUUUUGCAAAUGUGACGCUGCCUUAUUUGCAGCUAUUUUACUAUUGUAAGGUGUUGUGUUAGUCACAAAAAUGAUAUUAGUUGUUAUAAAAUGUACUGUUACAAAAUAAUGCAUCUACAUGUAGGUGAAGUAACAGAUGAGGAAAAGGAUGAGGCAGAUGAGAAAAACCGGCUCAUCACACAAGUACUGGAACUUCAAAACACUUUAGAUGGUGAGUAGUAAAAUACAAAGCUAACUCUUACAGAAUGUAAUAGUAAAUAACACACUGCAAUAUUUAUUUAGGCUGUAGUCAAUGAUCUGUCUAGAUACACCAUUGACCUUAAAAAAGUGAGGACAUGGACUGUGCAAGGAAAAAGAAUAAUAUUGAUUUAAUUAUUUUGCUAACCAUCACAGUAUUUAAUAUUUAAUUGCAUUUACCUUGUCAUAGACACUGAUUAACAGUCAUUUAUUGCUCUGAUAUUUUUUGUUGAAUUUACAGUACCUGGCUAUUAUCCCUAAUUGCUAUUUAUUUAUUUUGCCAAAGUGAGAAUAAUACAUUAUUUAAAUCUAUAAAAAAAAUGACAAUCCAGUAAGGAGCAUGGAAAAAACUAAGAAGUUCAUAAUGCUUGGGCUCUCUAGACACAGAAAGGAAGAAGAAGAACUAUUAAAUAAGUGGAGUGAAACAGAAAUUGAAAGACAAGUUUAUCCUAAACCUACAAUAAAAUAGAUAAGAUAAGUCUAUUUCAUAGCACGUUUGUCAUAAACAAAAUUAAUAUUACAUUAAUUUUCUUUUAGAUUUGUCACAGCGGGUUGAUGCUGUUAAAGAUGAAAAUCUUAAACUCAAAUCAGAAAAUCAGGUACUGAAAUCACACAUUCCGACAAGUUCGUUAAAUUUUGUACUGAUUCAGUGUUUUGAGUUCACCCUUUCUGGUGGUUAUUUCAGAGAUGCUCCAUAUGUCUACUCACAAAAGAGUCAAAACCCAAAACUUAUUGAUGACUAUAUUUCAUAUACUGUAUGAUGAAUAAUAUUUUAUCGCAAUUAAUAAUUCCUCAUUCCCAGGUUCUCUCUCUUACCCCUCUCUCUCUCUCUCUUGUUCUGUAGGGACGGGUAAUAGAGAACCCUGGGAUCAAGGUUGGAAUAACUGAUAAAUAAUUAACCCAGUACAUGUAAUGCAAAAGUGCUGCAAAAUAGGUUUUCCAUGAUUAAUGGUCCCAUCACUGGAUUUUGUAAUGUGGAGUGGGGGGAAGGGAUGGGGGGGGCACAUUUAUGUAUUUGACCCAUUACUAACUCUGAUAUACAACUGUGAAAAAAUGUUGUCACUUAAAGGUAUAAACCAUGAACAAUGAGGCUUCAAGAAUUUAUGGAUAUACAAUCAUUAGCACGGCAAAUUUAAAGUUCUUUAAAAACGGUUUGUAUUGUGACGAGCUGCUCAUUCAGAUGCAAAUCUUUAGAGUACUUUGUUUAAGGUAUGCUGUUGUCUUUUUGUGUCUUCCAAGAAAGCUUUUAGUGUGCAUUAGCGUUAGCGAUAUGGCUGCGUUCUUCAACUGUAGAGAUCUCUGAUGUGCCCUGCGUAGGUAAAGUUGAGAGCUUAUCGCCAGGAAAACCAUUUGAUCUUUUUUGGAAUCCAUCAUCGUGAAAAGAUUCAAUAAUUUUAACUUUUCUGGACUGAACUUUGAAUUUGCAGUGCUGAUAAAGUUAUACCCAUAAAUCCAUUUGGUCUUCAUUCAUGACCUAUACUUUACAAGCGAUAGCUUUUUCAAUCAGGUGUAAUAUUGUUAUAUGUUAGUGAGAGUUUUAAAAGGUUUUGCUUUAAUUGAAAUUAUUCCCCACUCCCCCUUAGUAAAUAUUAUGUUAUUUUUGUAGUAGAACUCUGACAUCAUUGAGUGAAAAAAUGGAAGAAUUUCUCAUGAAACUGUCACUAUCAAGUAAAAAUCAAGUCUCAUUUCCAUACUUAAAAGAAGAUGGCUAAAUCAAACAAAAAGAUCAUAUUGAAAGGUGGAUGACUUAUUUCUAAGUGGGUCUGAAUGUCAUAUUAAGAUGCCAUUACAACUCAGCGAGCAUAUGACAAGUGCUCAUAAAUCUAUAACAGUCAGAUCCCAUAAACAUCUGUAAGUUAGGGCUUGUUACUCUCCAUAUUACAUAACAGAGUAUCCAAAAUAGCAAGGAAUCUGUAAGGCAAGAAUUGACUGUGCAUUCAGCUAUGAAUGAUAUAUUAUGUGCCUCAUACAUGAAGUGUAGAUUGAUGGUCUACUUCCCAGAGUGUAAUCACAGCAAUGGCUGUACAUUACAGUAACAACUUGUACCUGAUGAGCUAACAUGAUCAUUUGUACCUUGUUUAAAUUCUAAUAUUCAAACUAUAUGAUGCAUUUUGGUUAAUAUUAUCGAUCAUUAGGUGCUUGGACAAUACAUAGAGAACCUGAUGUCAGCUUCAAGUGUGUUUCAGCCAGCCAACCCUGAUGGCAAGAAGAGGUGUGCACUGAUCCAUUUAUACAGGCUUCUGAAACUAAGUUUCCUAUUAGAAAUAUUUAGAGAAACUGCAUACAUUGCCACAAAAUAGACCUUUCUGCUGCAUAAUGGGACCACUUGAAAAUUUGGCAUAAUUUCCCUGCCAGAAGGCGUCAAUUACAAUAAUUAUGCCACUGAAACUUGAUGGACACUGUGCAAGCAUGUUUUAGGCUGUGUGGCUUUGAUCAGUCCAAUAGUAAGAUGCUGACACAAAAUUUUACGUAAUGUUUUUUUUAUCUUAUGAUUCCUGGGCCUAAAUGUUGGAAAAUUAUUAGCACAAAAUCCAGAGUUAGUUUUUGUUACUACCCUUGUGCUGUGUUUAAAAUAAUAACCCAGGGCUAAAGCUAACAAGCCAACUAUAACAACUUCAGCGUGAUUUUUAAAACCUUUCCUACUAACUUUAUAUUGCUUGAAAGAACCCCUUCACCAUUGUUCUAUACCCUGCCCCUCCCUCCCUCCCAGAGGUGUUGAUAUCUGCUGAUGGUAAUUGCGAGUUUCUUCCUUUAUUUAGGUCAAGUCCUUCAAAGCCAGGAACAAAAAAGGGAGAGAAGAGAUGAUGAAUUUUAUUCAAAAUAAUUAUCUACUUGUACAGAACAACUGUACGUGCAUGUAUAUAUCACAAGAUUCGUUGCAGUUGGUAAUAAAUGGUAUUUGACUUUAUACUUGAAAACUAGAAUCUAUCUUUUGUGUUUUGUCGAAUGCCUAUGCGUUUUAGUAUUUCUAUUCAUAUUUUCUUUGAAAAAUAACACCUUGCAAAACAAAUUCCAUUUGGAGGACAAGAAGGAGCUCCCAACACAUAACACCUAGCACAGGGUGAAGCGGAGACGUGCUUUUACAAUUGUACUAC